AGGAAGAGUAAGAAGAAGAAUACGACAUGGGAAAAAUCCCUCCUUCAUUUCGUAGCGCAAUCGCUAACCCACACUUAAGAAACCCAUCUUCUCUGCUUCCUUCUCAAAACCCCUCUUCUUCCAAACCCCAUCACUUUCCCAAGAAAAUCCCAUCCAAUUUUUCCGGAAAAUCCCGAAAACCCCAGCAGCAGGAACCUCGUACUCCAAAUCCAAAAUCCCUCUCUCUCUUCAGGUCCCCGAGUCUCCAAGACGCCAAGAGCGUGUUCAACUCCAUCGUCAACAGCUCAAAUGGCUCCAUUGACCUUCGAUUCCACAAUUCCCUCCUUCAAUCCUACGCAUCAAUCUCCACCACCAAUGAUUCCAUGGCUUUUCUCCGCCACAUGAUGAAGACCCAUUCUUCGUUCUCCCCAGACCGAUCCACCUACCACAUCUUGCUCUCCCAAUCCUGCAAAUCCCCUGAUUCCACACUUGCCCCAAUUCAUCAAACCCUAAAUUUGAUGAUCGCGGGCGGCAUAGGCCCCGAUAAAGUUACCACAGAUAUAGCGGUCCGGGCACUCUGUUUGGCCGGUCGGUUGGAUCACGCGGUGGAAUUAAUCAAAGAACUUUCUUUGAAGCAUUGCAGUCCUGACACUUACACUUUCAAUUUCAUUGUUAAGCAUCUCUGUAAGUGCCGUGCAUUGAGCACUGUGUAUAGUUUCAUUGAUGAAAUGCGUAGCAAUUUCGGUGUAAAGCCUGAUCUUGUUACUUAUACUAUUCUGAUUGAUAAUGUCUGUAACACCAAGAACCUGCGUGAGGCUUUGCGGUUGGUGAGUGUGCUUGGUGAGGAGGGUUUUAAGCCGGAUUGCUUUGUUUACAAUACAAUCAUGAAAGGGUAUUGUAUGCUGAAUAGGGGAAGUGAGGUAAUUGAGGUUUAUAAUAAAAUGAAAGAGGAAGGGGUAGAGCCUGAUCUUGUUACUUAUAACACUUUGAUUUUCGGGUUAUCUAAAUCUGGCCGAGUUACAGAAGCUAAGAAGUUAUUGCGCGUUAUGACGGAAAAGGGUUAUUUUCCUGAUGAGGUAACUUAUACCUCCCUGAUGAAUGGAAUGUGCAGGAAAGGGGAUGCCUUAGCUGCAUUGGCAUUGUUGGAAGAAAUGGAAGCAAAGGGUUGCAGUCCGAAUUCAUGCACGUAUAACACGCUGCUACAUGGGUUGUGUAAGUCUAGGUUGUUGGAGAAGGCCAUUGAAUUGUAUGGAGUGAUGAAAUCAGGUGGUUUGGGGCUUGAAACAGCUUCUUAUGCUACACUUGUUAGGGCACUGUGUAGGGAUGGUAGAAUUGCAGAGGCUUAUGAAGUGUUUGAUUAUGCAGUUGAGAGCAAGAGUGUGACAGAUGUUGCUGCUUACUCAACACUGGAGAGCACGCUUAAAUGGCUCAAGAAAGCAAAAGAAAAGGGCCAAGCAAUUUAAUUGGUAUAUGUAGUUUUUAUUUUUCUUAAGGAUUUUGUCAAAUUUAUGAUUCUGAGAUUUUGCUGUAUACUAGCCACUUUACUGCUCUGGGUGCCUUGAAGCACAUAUCAUAUCCCCAAAUUGGUGACUUACCUCAAGAACAUACAGUACAGUACAAUGAUGGAUUCUGCUUCCAAGAUUGGCUCUUCUUUUGAAAUAUGUAAUUUACAAACAAUUGAAUCUGGGGUAAAGUUCUUUGCAGUCUCCAUGAAGGGUUACUGGGAGUGCGGUAAUUUAGGUGCAGGUCAUGUUAGAAAUUUUGCUUUGAUGUUGCUCUUGGUUUAACUUCGUAAUAAUUCAUGAAGACUCAUAAUACCCUUAGUUAUUAGAUUAUGUGACAGUUAUUAAUAGUUUGUUUUUGGGUUAAACUUUUGUAGUCCAUGAAUUCUUAUUUAUAUUA